UCCUCUAGCAACAUGGCUGACAGCAAGGCCAAGUCUGCCAAGGCCGCCAACAAGACACCCCCCAAGUCCCCGGGGGACCCUGCCAAGGACCGGGCAGCCAAGAGGCUGUCGCUGGAGACAGAAGGGGCCGCUGAGGGGGCGGCUGCCGCGGCCCCGGAGCUCAGCGCCCUGGAGGAGGCCUUCCGGCGGUUCGCGGUGCACGGAGACACCAGGGCCACUGGGAAGGAGAUGCACGGCAAGAACUGGUCGAAGCUGUGUAAGGAUUGCCAGGUCAUCGAUGGGAAGAACGUGACCGUCACAGACGUGGACAUCGUCUUCAGCAAAAUCAAAGGGAAGUCCUGCCGGACCAUCACAUUCGAGCAGUUCAAGGAGGCACUUGAAGAACUCUCCAAGAAGAGAUUCAGAGACAAGAGCAGCGAGGAGGCUGUCCGCGAGGUGCACAGGCUCAUCGAGGGCAAGGCCCCCAUCAUCUCGGGGGUUACGAAAGCCAUCUCGUCGCCCACCGUAUCUCGGCUCACGGACACGACCAAGUUCACGGGCUCCCACAAGGAACGCUUCGACCCAUCAGGCCGGGGCAAGGGGAAGGCAGGCCGUGUGGACCUGGUGGACGAGUCGGGCUACGUGCCAGGCUACAAACACGCAGGCACCUACGACCAGAAGGUGCAGGGGGGCAAGUAGCCAGCCCUGCCAAGGCCUGUCCACCUCACACUUCAUUACAUUCCUGUGCUCCCCGGUCAGAACUCAAGACUCUGGGGCCCGGGUGGCUGUGGGGGUGACACCCAGGCCUCCUCCUGCCCCGGGGCCAGCGCGCUUCUCUCUGACCCCCAGGUGGGGCCCCUGAACUCACUGACCUUUUGUAACACACCUGCCUCGUCCAGUGCUGGCCGUCA